GGCGAGGUUAUAAAAGGGAAGGAGCCGGCGGCGGGCGGAAGUGGGCGGUGCAGCUGCUCCGGGCGCUGUUGUUUGGGGUCUGGGCCUCCUGAGGGGCGUUCUCCGGGGGCCCGCCGGUGCAGGCCGCAGUGACAGGGCCGCUCGCCCGGCGCACCCGCGUCCUUCCCGGUGCAGCGUCCGCUCGCGGCCUCCGCGACCCCGCAGGCCCAACAUGGCGCAGGAGGUGUCGGAGUACCUGAGCCAGAACCCGCGAGUGGCCGCCUGGGUGGAGGCGCUGCGCUGCGACGGCGAGACUGACAAACACUGGCGCCACCGCCGGGAGUUUCUGCUCCGCAACGCCGGGGACCUGGCCCCCGCCGGCGGCGAUGCCUCCGCUGACCCGGAGGACGCUGCCGACGCCGAGGGCGGGCGCCGCAGCCGGCAGCUGCAGCAGCUCAUCUCCUUUUCCAUGGCCUGGGCCAACCACGUCUUCCUCGGGUGCCGGUACCCUCAAAAAGUUAUGGAUAAAAUACUUAGUAUGGCUGAAGGCAUCAAAGUGACAGAUGCUCCAAUCCAUACAACACGAGACGAACUGGUUGCCAAGGUGAAGAAAAGAGGGAUAUCAAGUAGCAAUGAAGGGGUAGAAGAGCCAACGAAAAAACGAGUUGUAGAAGGAAAAAACAGUUCUGCAGUUGAGCAAGAAGAUCACGCAAAAACUUCUGCCAAACCAGAACGUGCGUCAGCUCAGCAGGAAAACAGCCCGGCGUGUGCGGGGUCCUCUGCCAAGUCGGAGAGUGGCGGGAGCUCCACGCGGAGCUCGGGCACUUCGAGUCAGAGUAGCUCCACGGCCGACGGAGAGCCAUCUGUUUCCAGCCAAAGCAGCAGCAGCAUUUCUUCUCAGGUAACAACGGCAGGGUCUGGGAAAGCUUCUGAACCGGAAGCCCCAGAGAAACGAGGGUCCGCAUCCUUGGUCUCUGCGCUGUUGAAAUCCAGUGUGAAUAGUCAUGUGACCCCACCCGCAGAUGCCAGUCAACCAAGCGGAUCACCUAAAAAGAGUGCUUUGGAAGGCUCUUCAGCCUCAGCUUCUCCCAGCAUCUCAGAGAUCGAGGUGCCCUUGUUGGGCUCCUCAGGAAGCUCAGAGGUAGAGUUGCCACUGUUGUCUUCUAAACCUAGUUCAGAGACAGCUUCCAUUGGGUUAACUUCCAAAACCAGUUCAGAGGCCAGUGUUACGUCAUCAGUUUCUAAAACCAGUUCCUCGUCAGGCACAUCCUUACUAACUCCCAAGAGCAGCACGUUAGCAAAUACAUCAGUGCUGACUUCCAAAAGCACCUCGCAGGUGGCUGCGUCACUGUUAGCCUCCAAGAGCAGCCCCCAGACCAGUGGAUCUCUGGUUUCUAAAAGCACUUCCUUAGCAGGCAUGUCCCAGCUGGCAUCUAAGAGUAGUUCCCAGACUAGCACAUCCCAGUUGCCUUCUAAAAGUACUUCCCAGCCAAGCGAAACGUCUGUCAAAUUCUCGUGUUGCAAGUUAACCAAUGAAGAUGUGAAACAGAAGCAACCUUUUUUCAACAGACUCUAUAAAACGGUGGCGUGGAAGUUGGUAGCUGUCGGGGGCUUUAGUCCCAAUGUUAAUCAUGGCGAGCUCUUAAAUGCAGCCAUUGAGGCUCUGAAAGCUACCCUGGAUGUGUUUUUCGUCCCACUAAAAGAACUGGCAGAUCUGCCUCAGAAUAAGAGCUCUCAAGAAAGUAUUGUUUGUGAAUUGAGGUGCAAGUCUGUGUAUUUGGGCACUGGCUGUGGAAAAAGCAAAGAAAAUGCAAAGGCAGUUGCAUCAAGAGAAGCAUUGAAGUUAUUUCUCAAGAAAAAGGUGGUGGUAAAAAUAUGUAAAAGGAAAUACAGAGGCAGUGAAAUAGAAGACCUAGUGCUCCUUGAUGAAGAGUCAAGGCCUGUAAACUUACCUCCAGCAUUAAAGCAUCCUCAAGAAUUGCUAUAAUAUGUGCAAAAUAACACUAUACAGUAUCUGGUAUUGUCAGAGAAAAAACUGGCUUUUGUAUAAUGUAAACACGGGCUUUCACAACUUUUAUAUUGCUUUUUUCCAGUUUUGCAGAAAAUUUACAUUCUCGUCCUCACACAGUAGAACUUGUAAAUAAUUAAUUAAUGAAUGGCAGUACACAUUAAAAGAUAUGCAUUAACAGCAUCACAGUAUGCUGUUCUAUUUGCUCAAGAAAAUACUGUCUUCUAUUUUUAAUGAUACAUUAGGUACGAUGUGUAGUUCUAUAGAGACUUAAAACUUUUGUACUACUGUUGAUUUGAUGAAAAUGUAUUGGGUUGUCUGCCAUGCUUUUUUUCCCUAGUGAAAUCAUCCUCCCGCAUCAAGCAAAGGGGACCAUAGUAUUUACGUGACUGAAAGUCUGAAGCUUAAGGUUUUAAGAAUGUUGCCCAUAAUGUUGAACAUGUCUGUUAAAGAAUAAAAGAAAAAAUAGUUGCCUCAGA